AUGACCCUACUUCGCGGCAGUUACAAUACCUAUCAUUUCGGUAUAAAGUCUGCUGCCCUCCGUUACGAAGAUGGAGAGGACUUCUCUGGCCUCGAGCUGUCUGCCAGCAGUCUGGAGGGCAUGCGGUCCACUCCGAGACCCCGUCGUCUGGCCUACCUGGACACGCCCGAGGGUGCCGCUCUUCGUUCCAGCAUGAUCUCGCUGCCGACCUCAGCAGCAGCCGCCAUGGCAAUGGCCGCAAAUGAUACGGUUUCUGGGCCUGGCCUGUCCGCGGGCACGUUGCCACGCCGUUCAAAGCGGUUCCAGGGCAGCCAAACGGAUCUUACUAGUCCACAUCCUAGUCGUCGAGGCCUGCCGCACAUCAGCAGUGGGGCUGAUAUUGCUCACGAUAUCAAUGACCUCUCUGAUCUUGCGUUUUCUCGUAUUUUCACCAUAUGCAGCCAGCCUUUUUGUCGAUUUCCAAUCGAUUUCCUGUCCCUUCCGUGUAAUUCUCUGACUCCGCGCCUUGAGGACUCUAGUGAGACCGUGUCGAGCUCUCGUCCGCCACGCGACAGGCGCCUCCAUUCUUUACGCCUCGCCGCGUUCAAGAGGCGCCUUUUCGUGUCGUCUGCCGAACGGGAACUUAGCCCGGCCCCGUCGAGACCCGACAAGGAGGUCCGAAAGACGAUUGCUAAAUGCCCCCCUCCCCCUCCUUUUUGA